UUACCAAUGUGGGUGUGGUCGUAUCCAUAGUUACAAUCUCUUUGACAAACAUAAUCUAAUGGACAGUGAGUCUCUUUCCUUGAAUCUGGAGUAUGCCAGCUCCAGUGGGAUUGUUCUCAGUGUGGAGAAACGGGCUUCUCUUCUCACAUCUCUCACUUUAGUUCAGCAGAGCUACAAGUUCCACAGGGUCAAGUUCUGGGGCAUCAUAAAAGGGAUUCAAAAUGACUAUUACAUUAUACAAGGAAUAGGGAAGGACGAGAUAAGAGGAAGGAAGGGACUGUAUAGUCAAGAUUGUGUGGACUGGAGAUUACUGCCUCAUGUUGACGAAACCAUGUGUGUCAAGUCUUCACUGCUUCCUGGACGCUUCACAGGAGACCCAUCAUUCAUACUGGAGCAUAAAGUCACCAACAGGAUCGGCAAGGGAGAGAUAACACCUGAAAAGUCAACCAUUGUUGAAAUGAAAGAGGAGGAGCGUCUAGCAGCUGUAAUUAGACGUAUUGAUGAAGAGGUGGCUGUUGUACCAAGAGGAGCAUACAUGAGGACACCACUGAAUGAAGUUGUGGCAAACAAGUCUUUUCAGGGUCUUUCUCUGCCAGAAGCUAAACAGUUGAAGUAUUAUUAUCAUUUUAAAGAGCCAGAAGUAGAAGAUGUGAACAAGACCAUAACUCAGCCAAUAGAUUUCCUUACUAGCAUUGAUCAAGAUAUUCCUAAAGGUAAAUUGCAACUUGUAGUUAUCAUUAAUGACAUAGUUUAGUCAUAAUUGUCUUAU